UGCCCCUUCGCUUUUCAUCUCCUUAUUCAACAAACACCCUUUUUUCUCUCCUCUUCGCUUCUCUCCAAACCAUCAUCACCCAACAACCUCUAUAGUACAAGCAUUAAAGCAAGAGGUACAAGAAUGUCAUCAUCAAAAGUUUGGAGCAAAGAAGAGGAUAAGGCCUUUGAGAAUGCCAUUGCCAACCAUUGGAAUGAGGAUUCCAAGGAACAAUGGGAUACAAUUGCUUCACUUGUACCUACCAAAACCAUUCCAGAGUUGAAACAACACUAUCAAUUACUUGUUGAAGAUGUUGAUGACAUUGAAGGUGGAGUCAUUCCAAUUCCCAAGUAUCUUGGAGAGGAAUCAUCUUCCUCUUCUACCAAAGACAACCACCACCAUGGUUCGAAUUCAAAUCGACGUUCAUCGUGCAAUUACACUAACGGGUUUUCUGGAUUCGGCCAUGAUUCCACAGGGCAAGGUGGCGGAAAAGCGAAUUCUAGAGCAGAACAAGAGCGGCGAAAAGGGAUACCUUGGACAGAAGAAGAGCAUAGGUUGUUUUUGUUGGGAUUGGAUAAGUUUGGUAAAGGAGAUUGGAGAAGCAUUUCAAGAAAUUAUGUGAUUUCAAGAACACCCACACAAGUUGCUAGCCAUGCCCAAAAGUACUUCAUAAGAUUGAACUCGAUGAACAGAGAUAGACGGCGAACUAGUAUUCACGACAUCACUAGUGUCAACAAUGGUGAUGUUUCUUCACACCAAAUGCCGAUUACAGGUCAAUCAGGAGGCAGUACAAACCCAACAAACGGUUCAACGGUUGGUGCACCCAUGAAACAUAGGCCCCACCAACCAAGUAUGCCGCCAGGUAUGGGUAUGUAUGGAGCACCAAUGGGACACCCAGUUGCUGCCGCUCCAGGCCAUAUGCCGUCGGCAGUUGGAACUCCAGUGAUGAUGCCUCAUAGCCACCAUCCACAAUACGUUAUGCCUGUGGCAUACCCAAUGGCCCCACCACCAACAAUGCAUCAAUAAAGACUAAAUCUUUCUGAGUUUUUCCCUUUAUGCAAUAAUUCCCCUAGUCAUAGUGCUAGCAUUUGACAAUGCAGUCCAAUUGAUGAGCUUUUCUUUCACAAAAAUUUGAUUGUGAAAGGUUCAUUAGGACAAAUAGUAGGACCACAACAACUUUUAAUGAUCAAUUUCUGUUGGUAACAAUUUUCACCAACUGCUGUACAUUUUUUGAAUCUCACAAUCUUUCUCCUUAGAAAGAUUUGUACCAGAAAGUAUAAAGCUAAUAAUGAAUUGUACAUCUAGCAAUAAAAGUUGUACCUUGAUUUGGAUUUGAGAAAA